GCCCAACUGUUUCCAUGACAAAUCAACACGCACGCGAGCAAUGUCGGCGUCGGAAAUGGGGUCAGAAAUGGGUCAAUAGCUUCCAGUCAAGUUAUAUAUAACUACAGCUAUUUAAACCAUACCAACACGUAUUUCAGAUUGAAACCUCGCUUGCCAAAGGAUCCCGGAGACCAGCAAGUAAAGAAGAGUAAGUAUACGUAUGCGUUAACAAACAUUGCACAACGUCUUCUUCCACGUCAGAUUUAAGUUAGGAUUUGACAUUUCUACAGUAAACAUUUCAGUGUUCUCAGUUAUUAUUUAGUGUUAUCAGUCAUUACUUUUCCAUGAAGCGGUUGAGAGCUUCAUAUAUACAUAACUUCGUAAUUAUUACGAGGUGUUCGCUCGCUUGUUGGUUUACCAUUCAACAAGUGAGAAGAAGCUGAAAACGAACGCAAAAACUUAUGCGGCCCUAGAAACUGUUCUUUAUUUCUCCAGUGCUCCGUCAUGCACGAUCGACAGUCACGCGCGAACAGUCAGUAAAGCGCCACUUUUUACGAUACACACAACAAUGUCACACCCAAAAAAGAAAUAAUCUUUAAAAUUGCUAAGAGGUGUUAAAAUUUCAACGAAGUAAUGGGAGAUAAGGAGGAGCGGUUCGUAAAAUGGAAUCAUCUUUUAGAAUGAGAAAUGUCGGAUUUUCUGUGUUUUUAACUUGUACUUUACCGCGCUUUAUUAGAAAUGCGAUACUACUGGACAGAUGAAAGAUAUCAGAUUACCUACGGUAUAAGCGUGCAAAGUGAGAAGACUAUGUGAAGGCUUAAAAUUAUAUUACGAUCGAUUUUUAUCAAGAAAUGGGCCAGGAAUAUUCCAAAAUAAUGCAAAUAAUCGUGAAGGCUGAUCGCGGAAAAGCGAUUGCGUGACGCUCGGUAAGUUGUAAGAUGACAUAUUAUCACGAACUAGACGAAAACACUCUACAGAUUCUCAGUCUGCAUUUUGUACCCACUCUGUAGUCUACAUUUUGUACCUAGUCUACAUUUUGUAUCCGGUCUGCGUUUUGUACUAACAGGUAUCCGUGGCACCAAUACACUUUAUUUUUGGUUACAGCUAUUCGCACAACACACACAAUCUACCACGAAAUACCUGUGUGCGAGUUAAUUAGACAUUUUCGUUCUUUUCCGCGUUAAUACUCUUCUUUCCUUUUGUUAGAAUGUAGGCAUCACUCACAAUGUUUCAAGUAAUCCACCCACCCCCCCAAAAAGUAACUCUUGCAUGCAUGGCAUGCUUAUGUUUAGCUGUUGUGAUCAAUCUCACGAUAGAACACGCAUUAAGUGUUUGAGAUUUAAGACAAUUGAAAUCACAGGUUACCUAAUCGAUAUCGACUAAUAGCUAUUAGUUAAUUAAUAUCGCUUGGUAUUAGCAACUCGAUUUGACAGUUACAGGAACUAAAUCCAUUGCUGGCAGAUGUACAACAUAACGCUACUAAAGAAGAGUGCAAUGCUAUCCUCACCCAAAGGUCCAGCAAAGAUGAAAACAUGAGUAAAUUGAGAGUUUAAAACCUUUUUCAAACUCUUCCCUUUACAGAAAUUACGAGAUGCCUAAGAACUCACACGAUAAGAUGAUAAGAAUCCAUGUGACUCAUGGCGAAAUCAAGCGGAUUAUUUCCUUUCAGAAAGGAGGAGAAGUUUAUAAAUUGCGCCCUCAUUUCCUCCAAACCUUCUCUGAUGUGUUAUCGGAUGAUAUUGCUCCUGAGCAUGUCACUUUUCAAGAGUAUCUUGGGGACUUUCAAGACUUUGUGGAACUUCGUUUAGAAGCAACGCUCGACAAUGACAUCAAAAUCCGAGCCGUAACAUUAAAAUCGCUAAAACAGGUACUUUCUGUCUACAAAUGCGGUGUGCAAAAAAAGCAUAUCACAAUAAUAAUAAUAUAAAGAAACAAGUAAACUAUGUGAUUAUGUCAAAAUAGGCAUGAACGGUAAAAAAACCCUCCAUGUCCAAUCAGACCGUCAAUUUCCUCAUGAAUGAGUGCGAACCUGUUAUUAUUUAUCCAUAUGAAACACAUUCAGCUCAUUCACUGAUAAAUAUAAUACACAAGGAUUAGUGAAAUGCGUUCGAUCUACAUUAGGAAUAAUUUCCAGUUUUGAUCCAGUAAUUUCGGAUUCUCAUCUCUCUCUGGGUUUAUCUCGUGUAUUAUCUCUCAAUCAGUAAAUAAUGCGUGAAGAUAGUGUGAUACAGACAGAACGUCACUAAAAGGUCUUUCAUUUCCUUGGAUAAAAUAGAGACGGUUACAGAUGGCAAAUGAUUGGCAUACUAUUGAUGUUUGUUGUACGUUGGCUUCACAUAUUUAUCUGAGCAGUUAAGCUUUAAAAGUACCUUAAUAAUCGGUCAGUAGGUCAUUUUUUCGUAUCUUUAAGCAUUAAUUAAAAUAUUUUGCCACAUUCCUCCCUAGGCUGCACAAAUAUCUUCCGCUGAGAUUCAACAAGACAUGGAACUCCAACGGUGGCCCCGAUUGUGGCCCCAUUGUCUCGUUGUGUAUCCAUGGCUUCCAAUACAAAAUUUAGGGCCGGGUUCGCCGAUGUUUCCAAGGCUUCAUCCAAUCAAAAUAAAUACUAUAUACCAACUUUGGAGCCCAGUCAGCAAGAUAAACGAUGGUUGCAUUGAACGUGAUUCGCACAAUAAUAUAGUAAAUUGUAAAGGGAAUUUCAACGAUGGAAUUAACAGUAAGUUUGACGUUAAGCAGGAAAAAAGAAAUAACUUGGAAAUCAUCAUCAUCAUCAUCACCAUUAACAUCGUCGUCGUCAUCGUCUCCGUUCUCGUCGUCACUUUAAUUGCCCUAUCUAGAUCAUUCUCAUUAUAAUAAUUAUCAUUAACAUUAUUACAUCAUUUCUAUUUUUGCUGUCAUCUUCAUUACUAUAGUCUGUCAUUGCUCGGCCUGUUUAACUUAAUUCUCCUCUGACUUAACACAUGUACAUGCUCAAGUAAUCCAUUGAACCCUGUCCAUGUCUACAAACAGUUGGUCAUUACAAUUGUUUUUUUCUUCACUUACUUUAGCUGUUAUGAAAGCUAUUGAUGAAACAAGCAAUUUGACCUUCUACGUGGCGCUUCAGUUUAAAGAUAGUUCAAAUGGUAAGGAUUAUGCACUGACUGGAAAUGCAGAAGGAGAGGAUAUUACCUCCACAGUAAGUAACAGCUUUAAGUUUAACUCUUUACGGUAGCCAAUUCACAUUAUCAACUCAGUUGAUAAAUCCAAAUUAUCUUGUAAUACUCCCACCCCAUCGACGAACAACACAGUUGUUUAGCAACUUACGUCCUUGAUUCUAAAGAUAGACUGACCGACCAACCGACUGACUGACUAACUGAAUGACCAACCGACUGAAUGACCCACUGACUGACUGACUGACCAACCAACCAACCGACUGACUGACUAACAGAAUGACGGACUGACUGAAUGACCGACUGGCUGACUGACUGACUGACUGAUUGACUGACUAACUAACUGACUGACCGACUGACUGACUGACUGACUGACUGACUGACCGACUGACUGAAUGACUUACUAACUGAAUAACUGAGUGACCAACCGACCGACCGACUGACCAACUGACUGACUUACUGAUUGACUGAAUGACUGAUCGACUAACUGAAUGACCGAUUGACUGACUGAGUGACUGACCAACUGACUGACUGACUGACUGGCUGAUCGACUGACUGACUGUCUGACUGAGAUUGUGCUGCGAUCUCAUCAAUGAAAGUUGGUCUGUUGUAAUUAUUUCAUCUUAAUGUUUGGACCCAGCUUAACUCUACGUUACUAACAUCCGUGUCACAACCACACAUGUUUUGACAUCGAUAGAUGCUUAAAGGCACGGGUUCGUAUUCCGCCGGGCCUUGAUUUUCCUAUUUGUAACAACCAAGUUUUAUAUUGAAACUAAUAACUUAUUUUCAAAUAAUUUACAAGGAAAAUGGUUCCGCUUUAAGUUUUGAUUACUUUUUCUGUCAUCUCAGUAAGAGUCUAACUAUAAAAAAAGGGAAUAAGGUUGGAUUUGCUAGUUUUCUACCUUAACAGGAGGUACAAAAUGGAGUGUCACUCGACGAUAAACGUAUCUUUGAGCCACUUUACUACUGGAGUUACACCAUGUUCCAAAACAAGAAAGAUAAGAGCCUAUACCUGGGUUGCGAUCACACUGGAAAAGCAACAUUGGUGAAAAAUGCUGACCUCGACUAUCCCAACCCUCAAGCUCUGUUUAUUUUAAAAAGAGUUGUUCAAGUUCAGUAACUCCCUUGUGAAUAAAACUGGCUUCUGAGCCCAAUAAAGAUCACGACUUUUCCCCACUUUGCCAUUUUAACAUAAUCUUUAGAGGCAUAUGUUAGCUCUGUUUUGUAACAGACUCAUCAGAUUCGAUGGAAUAAAGAGUUAAUUCGACGUUUUCAAGCCUCCGAGAUAGGCGUUCAUUUCCCUCCGUUUGUAAGGUAGAAUAAGGUAGAAUACAAGCAUGACGCAGCUUUAAAUAAAAGAAAUGUAAAUGAAAACUUUCCAACACUUGAAUUCAAUUUCUACUUCAAAUAACAACAGAAAGAAAAGAGAAAGGGGAGGGGGAUACAGGAAAAGAAAAGGGCGAUAUAAAACUACGCAAG